AUGUACAACUGUAACAUUAAUCUGCAUGCACAUUGUAGUAAACAUUGUUCGUUUUAUAUUUUAGCCAGUGGAGGAUGGCAGGAACCAGAAAACCCUCAUACUCAGAGGAUCAACAAGCUGAUUGAGUAUUACCAGCAGCUGGCCCACAGAGAGAAGCUGGAGAGAGACAGGAAGAAGCUGGCACGAAGACGCCCGUUCAUGCCUCAGGCGUUCUCGCAACACACUAUUCACGUGGUGGAGAAGUAUGGACUGGGAACCAGACUACAGAGACAGAGAUCUGGAGCCCCAACCAGUGCCCUGUAUGGCCUUUCAUUAAAAGAAGGAGAGGACCAGAAGGAGAUCACCGUAGAACCAGCACAGGCUUUGGAUGAAGUGGAGCCCCUGCCUGAAGACUAUUACACUCGUCCUGUCAACCUUCCUGAAGUAACGACUCUUCGCCAGAGGCUGCUACAGCCUGAUUUUCAGCCUGCAGGAGCUUCACAGCUGCACCCCAGACACAAGCACCUGCUAAUGAAACGCUCUCUGCGUUGCAAGAAAUGUGAGCACAAUCUGAGCAAACCAGAAUUUAAUCCAACUUCAAUAAAGUUAAAAAUCCAGCUUGUGGCAGUGAGCUAUAUUCCUGAAGUGAGAAUCAUGUCCAUUCCAAACCUGCGUCACAUGAAGGAGAGUCAGGUUCUGCUGACCCUGACCAACCCAGUGGAGAGCAUCACCCAUGUGUCUCUGUACACCUGUGAAGAAGCAGACCCAGAUGAUAUUAACAGCACUGCUAAGGUGCUGGUGCCCUCAAAAGAACUGGUCCUGGCAGGGAAAGAUGCGGCCGCUGAGUAUGAUGAACUGGCAGAACCUCAGGGUUUUCAGGAUGACCCAGAUGUGGUGGCCUUUAGAAAGUCAAACAAGAUUGGCUUUUUCAUCAAAGUGAUUCCGCAGAGGGAGGAGGGUAAUGUCACAGUCGCUUUCAAACUCCGACAUGACUUCCGGAACCUCGCUGCUCCGAUCAGACCCACUGAGGAGGGAGAAGCCACCAGUGAGGCCAUCUGGCUCACACACCAUGUGGAGCUUAGCUUGGGCUCCCUGGCAACUUGAGAACGUAACACACACGAGCUACACACAAACAUAAACACACUCUGACGCAUAAACAGAGAAGUUAAACAACAUGUGCCACUAAACUCACAAACUUACACAACCUCUCUCUUGCUCAUGAAGACAUUCAUUAUCUUGGUGAAGUGAGUGUAAAUAUUAACAGACACACACACAUCACUUACAGGAACGCAGUUACUUAACAGUACACACACUACGCCUACACUUGUACCAGAUGCUUUGUGCAGUGAUCUCUUUCUCGCUCUGUUUGUAGCGCCCCCUGCUGAUGUAUCUAAAUGCUUGUAAUUACAGUGACAUCAUCUGCUGUCAUAUUUCAUGGUUCCAACUCCAGUUCUUCUCAGUGUUAAUAAACACAUUUAGAUUAAUGCUUUAUCUAGUUUUUGUGUUAAUUUAAUAUUUUGUAUUUGCUGUAAGACAAGCAAAAUGUUACUUGCAGUUGUGUGGCACUAAUUAGUGAGACAAAGUCAUUGGUUGUGAAACACGUUUGAUAACCAACUCUUGUUUAUUCCGUUAUCUGUAUUAAAUCAGAGGGUGAACACCAGACC